AGCCAGCAUCACUCUUUCACAGCCGGUUGCGUCUGCCACUCUUUACUAACCCAGUUUUCACAUUCACUCUUUUUGUUUUUCUGUUUUACAUCCAACUUAAUCACUCUCUUUUUCUGAUAUCCAUCUGUUCAAGAUGAGAUACUCCCUCGGUUUCUCUGGUCUUUUGACCAUGGCCUUGAGCUCGACUGGUCUCGCUCAGUCUACUCCUGGACCUACUACCACCGACUUCAGCACCUCUGGCGGCAUGAACGUGCCCACCUCAGUCACCUCCCAGCUGCCCGUCACUUUCACCACCACCUUGACCACCAUGGCCAGACCCACCAAGUCUCCUGUCCCUGGCAAGUGUGAGUGCGGCACUGGAACCUGCUUCACCCCCGAGAUCUGCAGUAUCGAGUGUACCACCGUGUACGAGGACUGCUGCAGCAUUGAGGGCUCUGACAUUCAGGCCUGCAAGAGUCAAUACACCAUCUGUCUCGGCUACAACCCCUACGAGUCUGUCUUCGUCAAGCCUACCAGCUGCAAGCAUGACAAGAGCUACUACAUUGAGUACGAGUCCAAGUACACUAGCUCUUACUUCGAGGAGAAGUACGGCUACUACUACUCUUCCUCUUCUUACUCCACCUCUUCUUACCACUCUGGUUACCACGCUGGUUACUACACUGCCGAAUACUGCUGCCUUGAGUGCACCACCAUCUACGAUGAGUGCUGCGCUGUUCCCGGUGCCGAUAUCGCUAUCUGCAAGGAGAAGUACACUGUCUGCCUCGGCUAUAACCCCUUCAUCGUCCUUCCCUGGGAGGAGCCUUCUGUCUGCAAGCACGAGGAGUCUUACUACAAGGAGUACGAGUCCAAGCACGGCGAGUCUUACUACAACUCCAAGUACGACAAGCACUACGAGCACUCCGAUGUUGAGGUCGAUGUUGAGCAAUGCUGCAUUGAGUGCACUACUGUCUAUGAUGAGUGCUGCGCUGUUCCCGGUGCCGAUAUCGCUAUCUGCAAGGAGAAGUACACCGUCUGCCUCGGCUACAACCCUUGGGAUGUUACCCCAUUCGUCAAGCCCACUGUCUGCAAGCACGGUGAGGACUCUGGUUCCAAGUCAAACAACAACAAUGGCGGUUCCAGCUCCAGCUCCAGCUCCAGCUCUGAGGAGGAGUGCUGUGUCCAGUGCACCACUGUCUACGAUGAGUGCUGCUCCAUUGACGGCCACGACAUCGAGGUCUGCAAGAAGGAGUACGUCGUCUGCCUUGGCUACAACCCCUGGGACGUCACCCCCUUCGUCAAGCCCACUGUCUGCAAGCACGGCGAGGAUUCCGGCUCCAAGUCAAACACCAACGGUGGCUCCAGCUCCAGCUCCAGCAAGUCUGAUGACUACUCCAAGACCUCUGGCUCCAAGUCCGACAGCUCCAGCAAGUCUGGCUCCGAUGAGGAGUGCGCUGUUGAGUGCACCACUGUCUACAAGGCUUGCUGCGACGCUUCUGGUGCUAUCAUUGAGACCUGCAAGACUGCCUACACCACCUGCCUCGGCUUCAACCCUUGGGAUGUCACCCCCUACGUUGAGCCUACCGUUUGCAAGAAGGGAGGCAAGCCUUCUGGUGAUGAUGUUGUCAUCGUCUCCGGUGGUGAGCGUGUCCGCCCCGUCCUGGCUCUCCUUGCCAUGGGUGCCAUUGUUCUCCUCUAAACGACUAGCGACUAUGUAGCCGCAUAAUCUUCGCUUCGUUCUUCUAUUUCCACUCCGUUGCUCUGGGGCACCCGCACCUUGCCUUCUUACUUUCUCAGUGGGAUGUCUGUUUCUGUGCAGUGGAUGCUUAACAUUCUUAUCUUUUGAUGAUCUUAUGGUUUUAUGGGUGUUGCCGCAUACUCGGCCUAAAAUAGUGCACGAUAGACACGUACGUAAUAUCGACGACUGGAUGGAGAUUCUCUGGAUGGCGGUCCUGGGCUCUUGGGGGCGAUUACAUGUAUUCCAUAGUCUACUUUAGACUCUGUGCCCAGAGCUCAAUUCACUUCUCUGUCAACUA